GACGCACGUCUAAUUCACAGAAUCUUCCAAGACGCACUCAGACCAAUAAUUUAAAUCUAAUAGUAAAAUUGUGAGAACAAAGCAAAAAUUAACAAGGGAAUACGUCUGUUUAACGCACUUUAUAUCGAAGUGAGGUUAAGUUGUUUAUCAAAAUGGCUUUCCGCUUUCAGUUUGGGUUUAAUAUGUUUCCGGAGAUUCCACGGCCGUUCAACACUCAGUACAAAUGCUUCUCUGUGUCGAUGUUACCGGGUACAUAUCGACAAGAUGUCGAACGUGGAGGAAAAAUAAUUAUGCCACCUUCGGCGUUGGAACAGUUAACAAGAUUGAAUAUUAAUUACCCGAUGUUGUUUAAACUGAUUAAUAAGAAGACUAAUAGAAUAACUCAUUGUGGUGUUUUAGAAUUUGUUGCAGACGAAGGAAAAGUGUAUUUACCUUAUUGGAUGAUGCAUAAUCUUUUAUUGGAAGAAGCACAACUAAUAAACGUACAAAGUGUUUCUUUACCAGUUGCAACAUUUUCACGCUUUCAACCACAGUCUGAAGACUUCUUAGAUAUUACAAAUCCUAAAGCUGUUUUAGAAAAUGGUUUAAGAAGUUUUGCCUGUCUUACAACAGGUGAUGUUAUUGCUAUAAAAUAUAAUCAAAGAAUAUAUGAAAUGUGUGUCUUAGAAACAGAGCCUGGGCCAGCAGUUAGUAUUAUAGAAUGUGACAUGAAUGUUGAAUUUGCUCCACCUGUGGGUUACGUGGAACCAGAAAAACAAAUGAAAAAAGAUGAGAAUGUAGUAGAUCCUGCAGACCUAAUGCCAGCACCACUUGGUUUUGUAGCGUUUAAAGGAGAAGGCAACAGAUUAGAUGGCAAAAAACGUAAAGAUUCUGUUCAGUCGGACGUUGCUACAAACAAACCAACAUAUGUUAGAGGAAUACCUGAUUAUGAAUAUGAAAUAGGAACUCUUACAUUUUUACGUAAUAUGAAACCCAUUAAUAAUAAGGAGGUAAAAGACCAGGAUGAAUUUAAAGCUUUCACUGGUGAAGGUUUCUCUCUUAGGAAAUCAAGAAAAUGAUUAAAUAAUUAUCAGUCUAUUUAUUUUCUUAUAAUUACAUACAUUUGUAAAAGUGAGUAUUCGUAUUUGUUAUUAAACGGUUGUACUUUUUAAUAUGAAAGUGUUAUAAAAGUUCUUAAACCAUUAAAAUAC